ACGAAGAGUACACGUGGGCAAGGUGGGGUCAGAAAAAGCUGAAUCUAUAGUGUGUACGUUUCCUUAUUCUGUUCCUCCUCGUACACUUCUUCACGGGUCACAAUUCCUCCCAGGGUUAUCAAACUGUUCCCAAGCUUUUCGUGUUCGAAUCUUCAUCUUUUUUUUUUUUUGGUCCCUUUGAGGAAAGCUAAGGAAUUUCUCAAUUGGGGUGGGACGUGACACCUUCUGCAAGUGUUUUCAUAAUUGAAUAUAACUACCUUGAAAUUGAGUGUUGAGACGAGUAAUUGCAACCUUAUUCUAAUCAGACAAUAUUAGAACAAAUUACUAUUCCAGAAAGGAUAUUAUGAUCACUAUGGAUGUAAAAGGCAUGAGAUGGGUUGGAAAUAUGUACCAGAAAUUUGAGAAUAUGUUCUUGGAGGCAGAAGAUGUCAUGUACGAGGAUACUGUUAAAUACAUAGAGAAUCAGAUGCAGGCUGUUGGGGAAAGUGUUAAAAAGUUCUAUUCAGAUAUUGUGGAAGACUUACUUGAAUCAGAUGAAGAGGUAGGCAUUGAAUUGCCUAUAGAUAAACAUGCUGAUGCUAGGUUCUAUAAGAAGCCAUUCCAAGUUUAUAAGGAAAGACAUGUAAAAGCUGAUACAAAGCAAACAACUGAGGAUUUAAGGAUUCACAAUGGUGUUGAUAAUUAUGCCAAACUUUUUGCUUCAUUUGAUCGGACUUCUGAGGCUGAUGCUUCAACAUCUUUGAGAAAUUCUGUCAAACAAAGUAAUUUUAGUUCGCCUUCAAGACAGUAUGCUGGAAGAAUGGAUGUUAACUCAAACAUUGGCAUUGAUGAAAAUCCAGUAAGAAAAGAAGUGGCUGCAACCAAGAUAAUCAAAGAAACCACUUUGGCAGAAGCAAAUACAUGCACGACAUUACAGUCUUGUGAGAUCUCAAGUGAAAAUCAAAAUCAGAAUCAUGGAGUUAGUGUUUCAAAGCCAGCUUCAACUGAAGUGACAAAUCUUGCUCCUGAAACAGACUGUUCUAAUGAAAUUGAAAAUGCUAGUACCGAACAAUUUCCUAAUGUUCAGGAAUUAGAUAAAUCUGCUGAAGAGAAACAGAUUGAUGCGAGUUCUUCCUGUUGUGUCCCUUUUGCAGAGUCAGUUGACCAUAUAACCAUGCAAGAAGAUCAUAUGAAGCUUGAGGAAGCCUGUGUUAUGGUGAGUAGAGAUGAAAUUCAAUUACCUCCCAAAGCAGGUGGUAAUGCAAACAUUAACAAGAAAAAGACGCGGCGAGCAUUUUCUUUGUAUAAGAAAUCUGCAAGAAAGCAAGAGUAUAAAGAGCUUGCAGCAUGGCAUUUGAAAAGUGAAAAAGUAAAUGAAGAUUGCAUGGAGAAUUUAAAUCAAACUUUACCACACGAUCCAAAAAAACCACUGCUUUCUAGUAUGACUGAACCUGAGUGGGAGCUUCUCUAACUCUAUGUCAUAAUUUGGAUUCACUCAUUAGUCCCUGUGGAGAUUAAGAUGCCAUACUUGAAUUUUAAGAAUUAAGAUGCUGAAAUGAUAUGAAUUCAUACAAUGUUUAUGCUAUUUAUAGUUCUUUUCUAGUUCCCAAGCUUCCCUACUCAACCUUUUUCUUUUUGCUGCUCACAGAAAAGAGGAAAGGGAACUUGUAAAUAGGCCACUCAAAUGAGAACCUCAAAUAGAAUAAUAAAUGAAACUGCUAUCUAUUUUAUGAAUA